AUGAGUGCUAGCGGACCCGCGGCUCCUGGGGACGGCCCCGCGCUGCCGCCGCCUCCUGGGCCCGGGCCUGUACCGUCCGCUCCGGUCGCCGCUGCCCGGGACGCUAUGGACGGGCGCGCGGAGCUGCCUGCCUUCCCCCGGGCUGGAGCCCCGCCGCUCGCGGUCAGCGACACUGUGCCCCCGGCGCCUGAGGGAGCUGGAGCGGCCCGGCCCGCCGCGCCCCCGCGCCCCACCUCCUUCUCGGUGCUGGACAUCCUGGACCCCAACAAGUUCAAUAGUAGGAGGCGUCGCUGCGUGCUUCUGGGUCCCGUGGCAACCACUGCGUGUGUCCCGUGCGCCCCGGCCCCGUGCGCUCCUGUCCCCGCCGCCUCAGGUCGUCCACCGCGCGCCGAAGAGCUGGAGCGCCGCACCCUCGCCGGCCCGGCUGGGGGAGUCGGAACCUCCACCGGAGCUGAGCCGCCAAGUGCCGGCGACCCCUACAAGGCGGACGAGGCCGAGGGCAAUGGUUACAGCAGCGGUAGCGGCGCGGACAGCGGGGACGAGGCACCCGACGACGAGGACGAGGACGAGGCGCCAGAGACAGAGGCGGCGAGCGGCGCGCAGGAGGCGCGGGGAGGCGGCGGCGGCCUCGGGGCCCGCGGGUCGGGCUGCUCCGGAGCGGCCGAGGCCGAAGCGCUCCCCGGCGCCGUGGACGACGCCGCCGUUCCCAGACCCUGCGGAAACUCGCCCGGAGCCCCGGGUCCUACGGAAGCCUCGGCGACGGGCGCGGCCGGGACGACACCGCAGGGCACGGCGGUUGCGGCGAAGCCCAAGCGGAAGCGCACGGGCUCCGACUCCAAGUCCGGGAAGCCGCGGCGCGCGCGCACCGCAUUCACCUACGAGCAGCUCGUGGCGCUGGAGAACAAGUUCAAGGCGACUCGCUACCUCUCGGUGUGCGAGCGCCUCAACCUGGCGCUGUCUCUGAGCCUCACGGAGACGCAGGUGAAGAUCUGGUUCCAGAACCGCCGAACCAAGUGGAAGAAGCAGAACCCGGGCGCCGACACCAGUGCGCCGACGGGCGGCGGCGCAGGACCCGGGCAGGGCGCGGGGCCGGGCUCGGGGUUGCCUGGCGGCCUCAGCCCGCUCAGCCCUUCGCCGCCCAUGGGCGCGCCACUCGCCAUGCACGGUCCGGCCGGGUACCCGGCGCACGGCCCCGGCGGCCUGGUGUGCGCGGCGCAGCUGCCCUUCCUGUCGAGCCCGGCCGUGCUCUCGCCCUUCGUGCUGGGCUCGCAGACCUAUGGCGCGCCCGCCUUCUACGCGCCGCACCUCUGA